GACUAAUUUUACUCGGCUCAGCUCAACACCCUCAUUUCCAACCAAUGUCCUAUUACGCACGCUCGUUGGCGAAUUCAGGCAUCCAGCUUGCAAACGCGUAUCCGCUCGCGGCGUCUUUGCUUCUGGGUUUAGGAGCAAUCACUAUAGCCAAGUUCUGUUAUAGGACCCUUUCAGUUUUCCUGCAGAUAUUCGUUCUUCCCGGUCAAAGUCUCAAGCGAUACGGUGCGAAGAAGGGAGCAUGGGCAAUUGUUACAGGUGCCUCGGAUGGAAUUGGCAAAGAAUUUGCGUUCCAGCUGGCUAAAGCAGGCUUUAAUGUCUUUUUGGUCGCUAGAAACCUUGAGUUAUUGGAUACUGCUGCUGCUGAGAUUGCCAGCAAGUACUCCGUGUCAACCCAAACUGCUUCGAUAGACUUUGCGAAAGCUGACGAUGCUGCCUAUGAAAUUCUUAGUCAGAAGUUUCAGGGACUUGAUGUUGGUGUCUUGGGCAAGCUCAACAAUGUUGGGAAAUCGCACGCGAUGCCUGUAUAUCUCGUUGACACACCCAAAGAAGAGAUGGCUGACAUUGUCUCCAUUAAUGUAAACGCUACAAUGAGAGUCACGUAUUCCAUUCUUCCUGGCAUGAUUCAGAGGAAGCGAGGACUCAUAUUGAACAUAGGCUCUUUCGCAGGAGCCAUCCCUUCUCCCAUGUUGGCCACUUAUUCGGGAACCAAGGCUUUCCUUGCCACUUUCACCAGCGCUCUUGCAGAAGAAGUCCGACAACAUGGCAUCACCGUGGAACAUAUCAACACCUACUUUGUGGUAUCAAAAUUAUCCAAGAUUCGCAAAUCCUCAGCUUUGAUUCCCCGUCCAGGACCCUACGUUCGUUCGGUAUUGUCAAAAAUCGGCCUCCCUUGCGGUGCAGCUUAUAGCCGACGACCCAAUACUUCAACACCGUACUGGUCUCAUGCGCUCAUUGACUAUGCAAUGACUGUGCUAGAUAUGCCUACCUUGUUAAUAAAAUAUACUCAUGGGCUACACAAGGACAUCCGGAGGCGCGCCUUGAAGAAGAUGGAGAGGGAGGCCAAGGCUCUGUAGACAUUUACCCAUCGUACAAUCACAACCUUUCUUGAUGAUCUAUUCGGUUAAAAGUAUAGCAUCGCAUUCUAUUGUCCCUCCGAU